AUGUCCGAAGAAAUGCCCGAAGAUACAAAAAAAGAGGCAACAGAUGCAGAAAAAAGACGUAAAAGGCGUCAAAAAAAGAUUUUACGAGGAGCCGGGGACAGAUUACUUCAAAUUACUACAGUACAUGGUGGGGAAGCUCCUUUCUUCACCUCUCCAAUGCCAAGUCAACAGUCUUCGCCGACUAGUAGUGAAGCACCAUUUAAUCCUGUUAUUUCUAGUAGAAAAUCUUCUAUUUCGUCACUUUCUCAACCAUCGAUAAUACUGAAUAGUAGCGGCAGUAAUAAUGAUCAAAUAAGCUCUUCUAUUAUACACGAAGAACCCGAAUCCGUUUCAUUAUCUUCUUCAAGUUCAAUGGCACAUAUAAGAAGACCUGACAAAGAAUAUCUUCGACAAAUGCUUGAAAAUAUGCGUAAACACAAUAUUAGCACUGGAUCAUUUACUUCGACUAGUGGAGCAGGAGGUGACACCUCAUCAUUAGAAGAACAACGAAAUAUACAACAACAGCAGCAACUUCAAUCGUCAUUGUUAUUAUCAGGUGAAGAAACGUCAACACAAUCAAUGUUUCCAUUCCUUUCCCCUGAGAUGAUGUUACUUGGAUCAACACUUGGUAUUGGAGUCGGUGGACAAAAUUUAAGAGCUAGAACAUGGAAAUUGAUUCAUUUUGUAGUAAUGUUUUCGCUUGGACUUUAUGUUGUCAGUUAUAAAUUGUUCUUUAGAGUUAAUGCAUGGCAUCAUUUUAAUUAUUUAAUUUACGAUAAUUCAAAUCAUUUGAGUAAUAAUGAAUUAAGUAUCCCUCUAUUUUGGUAUUUUAUAACGCUGGAGCUCAUUCUACAUACAACACGGUUUUUCUUAGACCAGCAGCAAUUGCAACAGCAGCAAAUGAAUAAACCAUCCUAUGAUUCUACCAAUUUCGUAUCGAUUCUUCCAUACCCGUUACCGCAAGUAAUCACCAUUUUGAUACGAUACCGAUUAAUUUGGAAUAACCUCUGGGCUGAUCUUUGUGCCCUGGUGUUUGUGUGA